AUGGACGCCGCCGCCACAACCCGCGGGUCAGGAGAUGCGGAUGGGCGCAAUGGCGAGCAGAAGAAAAACCUGUGGACUUCUAUGCUCGAGUCCGUCUCGAGCGGAAAGCGGCUGCCCGAGAAGAACCUUCUCGUCCUCGGGGGCACUCCCGAGACGCAACGCGAAUUUCUCGAAUCACUAUCCGCCUCGGAGUCGUCGAAACGUAAUAUUGACCGGAACAAGUCCCCCCCCAUAGCGAACAGCUUCGCCCUGGGCUAUACAUACUAUGACGUCCUAGACGCCGAUCAAGACGACGCUGACAAGGGCCCGAUAUCAGAUACCCUCGCACGCGUCUCGCUAUACCUCCUGUCCCAGCCCUCGGACAAGUUCGCAUCCCUCGUCGCCCCCCUCCUCACCCCCGAAGCCAUAGACCACACGGCCCUGGUGAUACUUCUCGACUGGGCCCAGCCUCACCUCUGGCUCCGCCAGAUAUGCCAGUGGGUCAGGUUCUUCCGUUCCGUCACCAGGCAGCUGGGCGACGAGGAGCGCUUCAAGAUGGGUGAGGUCAUGGAGGCCUGGAAGUCACGCGGUCGCGGGGGUUCCUCUGUCAACCUCGACGGCACGCCCUCCGCCACGGCCGCCUCGGGAGACGGCGAUAGCUCCUUGCCUCUGGGGCCGGGAGAAUGGUCGGAUGCUCUGGGUCUUCCCCUGUGUGUUGUCUGUCAGAACGCGCAACGAAUCGAGGUUCUGGAAAAGACUCACAAUUGGAAGGAGCCCGACUUUGACACGGUCCUACAGUACCUGCGAACAAUCCUUCUGAGGCAUGGCGCUUCGUUGAUAUACACCUCCCAGCACGCCGCCUCUCAAGCCCCGUCGCUAGUCCACUCAACCUUGGGCAUCACAUCCCUCCUGAAGCGCCAACCGCUCAAGCACAACGUCAUCGACCGCGACAAGAUUGUCGUGCCGCCCAACUGGGACUCGUGGGGCAAGAUCCGCGUGCUGGGCGGCGACUUCGAGGCCGAGGCCGUCUCCCAGGGUUGGGAGGAGGAUAUCGACGAACACCUCGGCUCCUCGGGCCCCUGCAGCAUGGAGACGCUCGAGCAGAACCGCCGCGUGGCCGGCGAGACGGCCGAGCCCAUCCAGACCGAGAGCGCCAUCGCCCGCUACGAGGACUGGUGCCAGGAGCCAGGCAGCAGCGGUGGACUGGCCGUCGUCGAGAACGUCAUGAACGAGGCCGACGUCGCCGUCCACAGCGACGACACCCAGGACUUCCUCGAGGGCCAGCUCAAGAUCCUCGAGGCCUUCAAGGCCAAGGCCGCCCCUGAAAAGUCUUCUGCCGCCGCCCUCGCCGCCGCUGCCGUCGUCUCGGACCGUGAACACAUCAGUGAACACAUCGGUCCCGUCCAGUUCAACGUCGGUGGUAUCCACGUAGAUGCCGAUGACAUGCUGCAGCGUAUCAAGGAUCGCAACGCAUACUCGUCCCCCGAACCUACUGCCGAAACAGAACCCACCGUCCCAGGCGUCACGGAGAAAUAUGACAAUGAGCAGCUCACAAACUUUUUUAACAACCUGAUCAACAGGUAA